AUGCAUGUACCUUUACCUAUAUCCGAAUACGAAGCCGUGGCUGGAGGAGAAGCCUAUUUGCCUUGUAAUUUCACUCUUCCAAGUGAUCCAGAAUUGGUGUCUUUGAUGCUGUGGUACAGGGACCAAGAAAGAGUACCAAUUUAUACACUGGAUUUCCGCAAGGGAACAAGAGAUAACCCAAAACAUUUUCCAGUUGCAGCAUAUGCUGAAAGAUCUUAUUUUGAUGUAUCCAAAACACCACCUACGAUCAGGCUAGAUUCUGUAAGCAUAGAAGAUGAAGGUUACUACCGCUGCAAUAUAGAAUUUCGGAGAUCAAGGACGGUAGUUCGAAUAGUGAAGCUUAAUAUAAUUAUACCUUCCCGAUCGGUUUUGAUUAUGGAUGACCGAGGACAAAGGUUAAAAGGUUUAGCAGGACCCUAUGACGAAGGUGCUUAUCUCGCAUUGCUUUGCGAAGCAGAUGGAGGAAGUCCAUCUCCUUCUGUAACCUGGUGGCGAAAUAAGUCGCUUUUGGAUGAUACAUUUAACCAAGCUUCCCAAAGUUAUAUCAGGAAUGAACUGGUCAUUCUGGAGCUUCGAAGGUCAGAUCUUCUUGUAGAAUUAACAUGCCAAGCAUCCAAUACAAAUCUUACUAAGCCAUUAUCUGAAUCUAUUCAGAUAGAUCUAAACUUGCGUCCUCUGUACGUCAGAAUAACUACUCUCCAUCGUCCUUUGAAAGCUGGUGAUGAAUUACGGCUCAAUUGUGAAACUUCUGGUUCGAGACCACCAGCAAAGAUUUCUUGGUGGUUGGAUAACAAAAGGAUACAAAGUGGUAAAGAAUCCAUUCCUAACAGUCGGAACAUUACAUACAGCAGCUUAACGUUGAGGCCAGGAGUUGAUGACAAUGGGAAAAUGGUGGUCUGUAAAGCAGAAAAUCCUGCACUUCAGCAUGCUGUAAUGCAAGACACUUGGUACCUCAACGUACAUUUUCCUCCGGAAGUAUACUUGCAAUUAGGAGCAAAUAUCAAGUAUUCCACAAUAAAAGAAGGCAAUGAUGUGUACUUAGAAUGCACAAUUCGUUCAAACCCACCAGUUACAGAGUUAAUUUGGCUUUUCGAAGGGCGGAACUUUUACGGUAAUUCUUCAGUUGGUAUUAUUAUCUCCAAUCAAUCCCUUGUACUUCAAAAAGUUAAAAAAGAACACAGAGGGAGAUACAGAUGCAUAGCAACAAAUUCAGAGGGUGAAGGAGAAAGUUCAGAUUUAUUUUUGGAAGUAAGAUAUGCUCCUACUUGCAAAUCAGGUCAACGAGAUUUGUAUGGAGUUGCGAGAGAGGAAACUGUCAACAUAAGCUGUGAAGUAGAUUCCGAUCCAUCUGAUGUCACAUUCCGCUGGACUCUGAACAAUUCCAUUGAGAGCACAGAGCUGCACAACUUCAAAUCCAAUGGCCCUUUGAGUGUAAUCACCUACACACCGAAAACAAUGGGAGAUUACGGAUCACUGCUAUGCUGGGGGAGGAAUUCAGUGGCUGAACAAAAAGAGCCGUGUUUCGUGAGAAUUAUACCUGCAGGACCACCUGAUCCUGUGCGAAACUGUGUUGUUGUUAAUCAGUCGCAUUCUUGGUUAUUGGUGGAAUGUGAAGCGGGUUACAGUAAUGGUCUUCAGCAGAAAUUUCACUUAGACGUCUACAAUUCUGCUGUUGAUCAUCUGCAAGUGAAUCUAACAUCAAAUGACGUACCAUCAUUUUCCGUUCAUGACUUGCCUCCAGGAACACCCUUUGUUCUAGUUGUAUACGCUUCAAACGAAAAAGGCAAAAGCAAUUCUUUAGCUAUUGUGGGUCAUACACUUCAAACUCCUCUUUUGCAAGCUGAUACAGCUUUCAUGGCUAAGUUGAGCCCAUUGGUUGCAAUCCUACUAGCAGUGGUGGGGACUCUUUUAAUGAUUGGAGUUGUUGGUCUGGCUUUUGUGCAGAUUCGAAAAAGAAGGCCGAUUAAAGCAUCUAUUGAGGAAAACAAAUCCAAAAUGGACGUUAUUUUCAAGAAAACCGUAGAAGACUUAGCGGAAACAGCUAUUGCAUGCCCAGACGUUGUUCCACCAAAUAACACUGUCUACGUUAGUCCCGAUGGGGAAAGUAUUUGCGAAUUGCCGAAAGAUACUGAAAAUAUAAAAGGAAACUGCAGGAACUGCGUAGUCGCACUAAAACGUAGCUGGAGCUUCAAAAAGGGACAUCAAGAGAAAGCUGAAGUUGAAGUAACGUUACCAGAUUUAAACAGCGUUCUUGCAAUGCCCUCGGAUUCUCCUUCGACAACACUGUUAGGGGACAUGAUUAUUGAAGAAAAUUUAACUCCCAAGAAAAUUGUGAUAAAAGUCGAGCAACCCCCAGAAUCUGUUCUCAAGUCAAAGAUUGGAAAAUGACUGGUGAUCUUAGUUUCUGUGCCUGUGAUGGACUCCGAAAAGUAUGUGUACAAAAAAAUGGUGCUCAACUUAUGCUAAAUUCUUUAAAACUCACCGACAUCCUAUUUGUGAAUUUGAUGUUGGCCCUAUUAAUGAAUGUAUGGAUGUUACUCAUAUAAAAUGCUGAACAUAUCGAUGUCUCCCAUUUUGACCAAAUGUGAAUAAAGUAUAUUUUGUACCUU